ACUGCACACGACUUCGAAAGUCAUGAUGAUAUCACCGAAGAACGGCUUUAUCAGAAGAUUUUUGCUUCUCAUUUUGGUCAGUUAGCAAUUAUCUUCUUGUGGACCUCUGGGAAUUUGUUUCACGUAGCAUGGCAGGGCAAUUUUGAAGCGUGGUCUCAAGAUCCUUUGCAUGUUCGUCCUAUCGCACAUGCAAUUUGGGAUCCUCAUUUUGGACAACCAGCAGUAGAAGCUUAUACUCGAGGAGGCGCUUCUGGUCCUGUAAAUAUUUCCUAUUCCGGUGUAUAUCAAUGGUGGUAUACUCAAGGUCUACGUUCUAACCAAGAUCUUUACACAGGAGCACUUUUCCUAUUAGGAUUAGCUGCUGUUUCUUUAGUAGGUGGAUGGUUACAUCUACAACCUAAGUGGAAACCUAGUGUUUCUUGGUUCAAAAAUGCUGAGUCUCGUUUAAACCACCAUUUAGCUGGUUUAUUUGGAACCAGUUCUUUGGCUUGGGCUGGACAUAUCGUACACGUAGCUAUUCCUGAAUCUAGAGGACAGCAUGUAGGAUGGGAUAAUUUCUUAACUACUGCUCCACAUCCACAAGGUUUAGCACCUUUCUUUGCUGGCCAAUGGGGUGUUUAUGCACAAAAUCCAGAUUCUAGCAGCCAUAUCUUUGGUACUUCAGAAGGAGCUGGUACUGCUAUCUUAACUUUCUUAGGCGGUUUUCAUCCACAGACACAAAGUCUUUGGUUAAGCGAUAUAGCUCAUCACCAUCUAGCAAUUGCUGUAAUAUUCAUCGUUGCUGGACAUAUGUAUCGUACCAACUUUGGAAUUGGACAUAGUAUGAAAGAGAUUAUGGAAGCACAUAUUGCUCCAAGCGGUCGUAUGGGCGGCGGUCACCAAGGCCUAUUUGACACAGUGAAUAAUUCUCUUCAUUUCCAAUUAGGAUUAGCAUUAGCGUGUUUAGGUGUUAUCACUUCUUUGGUAGCUCAGCACAGCUAUUCCUUACCUUCUUAUGCAUUCAUAGCUCAAGAUUUUACUACUCAAGCAGCACUUUAUACUCACCAUCAGUAUAUUGCUGGCUUCAUCAUGACAGGAGCUUUUGCUCAUGGUGCAAUUUUCUUUAUCAGAGAUUACAAUCCAGAGCAAAACAAAGGAAAUGUAUUGGCUAGAAUGUUGGAACACAAAGAAGCUAUUAUUUCUCACCUAAGUUGGGCUAGCUUAUUCUUGGGCUUCCAUACACUUGGUCUAUACGUACAUAAUGAUGUUGUACUGGCUUUUGGUACUCCAGAAAAACAAAUCCUAAUUGAACCUGUUUUUGCUCAGUGGAUUCAAUCUACUCAUGGUAAGGCUUUAUAUGGAUUUGAUGUAUUACUUUCUUCCAGUUCUAGCAUUACUAUUACUGCAGGAAAAAGUCUAUGGUUACCAGGGUGGUUAGAUGCUAUUAAUAACAAUAGUAAUUCUUUAUUCUUGACUAUUGGCCCAGGGGAUUUCUUAGUACACCAUGCAAUUGCUCUAGGUUUGCAUACAACAACCUUGAUUCUUGUGAAAGGUGCUUUAGAUGCUCGUGGAUCUAAAUUAAUGCCUGACAAAAAGGAAUUUGGAUUCAGCUUCCCUUGUGACGGUCCAGGUAGAGGUGGAACUUGCGAUAUUUCUGCUUAUGAUGCUGUUUAUCUAGCUGUUUUCUGGAUGUUAAAUACUAUUGGAUGGGUAACCUUCUACUGGCAUUGGAAACACUUAGCUUUAUGGCAAGGUAAUGCAGCGCAAUUUAAUGAAUCUUCUACUUACUUAAUGGGCUGGCUUAGAGAUUAUCUAUGGUUAAACUCAUCUCAGUUAAUUAAUGGAUACAACCCAUUCGGUAUGAACAGUUUGUCUGUAUGGGCUUGGAUGUUCUUAUUUGGACACCUUGUUUGGGCUACAGGUUUCAUGUUCUUGAUCUCUUGGCGUGGUUAUUGGCAAGAAUUGAUCGAGACAUUAGCUUGGGCUCAUGAACGUACUCCAUUAGCUAAUCUUGUGCGUUGGAAAGAUAAACCAGUAGCUCUUUCUAUUGUGCAAGCUAGAUUAGUAGGAUUAGCUCAUUUCUCUGUAGGUUAUGUAUUUACCUAUGCUGCUUUCCUAAUUGCAUCUACCUCAGGUAAAUUCGGUUAAGGAUAUGUCAACAUCAUAACUGCUUACUAUUUUGUAAAAAUCUAUUUUUGAGAUAUUAAGAAAAUAGUAAGUUUUUUAGGCUAUCCCACCUCUCAAGAGGUGGGAUAGCCUGAAAUUCACUAUAUAAGCUUCUUCCGUUAUUUUUAUUUUUUAUAAACAAUAUGGCUAAAAAAAGUAUGAUUGAAAGGGAUAAGAAACGUGAAAGAUUAGCAUCUAAAUACUAUGAGCGUCGUCAGGAAUUAAAAGAACAAAUUAAGACAGUUUCAUCAAUUGAUGAAAAAUGUCAAUUGCAUAGAGAAUUGCAAUCUUUGCCACGAAAUAGUGCGCCUAAUAGAAUUACUCGUCGUUGUUUUGUAACAGGAAGACCAAAAGCAGUUUAUCGUGACUUUGGCUUGUCAAGACAUGUAUUGCGUGAAAUGGCACAUGCUUGUUUAUUACCUGGUGUAACUAAAUCAAGUUGGUAAAACAAAUAUGGGAGUAGUCUACUCCCAUAUUUGUUGUGGUUCGAAUAGAAUUUAUUCUAUCUG